CCAUCCCACUCGGUUCAUCUCGCGGAUGCUGCGACCGAGCUCCUGUGUGCGCGGGCUCUCGCAGUGGCUCAACCCCUCCUCCUCCUCCUCCUCCUCCAAAGAUGUCGCAUGAGCUUCUCCUCUCACCGCGGCGUCUCUUUUCUUUUCUUUUUCUCCCAGUGCCCUUAACAGUUAACCUAAUUCUGUCAAAUUAGCAGCUCUCACCGCCGGGAGCAGCUAGCCCUCGUCUCGGAGCACGGACUGCCCCCCUCCCUACAACGGAGGUGUUUAAACCCUCAACCCGGCGCAUCCUCUCUCUCUCUCCGUCUCUCUCUCUCUGACUCUCUCUCUCCUCAAUCGCCGCAGAACUCCGCCGACCAACCGUCAGGUGACCGCGCGGAGCGGAAUAUUCAUCAGCACCGUCGUCGUCUUUCAUCCCUCCACUCCUUCGGACUCCAGGCAACCGGAGCUGCCGCAGCCCCGGUCCCUCUUGUAUACUCUCAUCCGGUCUGGGACAUUCUCCGCUCCACGCACACGCAGAUUAACGGGGAUUCUGCCUCCCCGCCCGCGCGCUGAUGCUGAUGUCCUUGAGCUCGGCCUGCACGGUCCUGGAGGGGCAGCAGUAGCUACCUCUGAACUGGAUCCACUUCCUGUCUCUGAUUUAUCAGCCGCCUUUGCCUUGCUCGCCCCUCUCUCCAUCCGUCCAUCAUCCCUCCAUCCCCGUCUGUAAGCCUGUCAGCCCGUCCGUCCGUCUGUCCAUGGACUGGCCGUGACCCUGGAGGGAGGGGGACAGAAACGAGGAAAGAGCGGAGUCGCAGAGGAGACGAAGGAAAAGAAAGCUGGAUUCAUUCAGACAUCACACUUCUGAAGUGCCCCUGCUUGCCGUCCUUGAUCCCCCUCACCCUCCUCCUCCUGCUAUGGAGAAUUAAAGGAGCAGUGGGAGGCUAGGCCAAGAUAGUGAGGAGAAAAAAAAAAAAAAACAACCAACGCCCCUUGAUUGCUCUUAAAUGAAAUUAAAAAAGGGUUUAAGUGUAUCAUUAUAAUUACACAUUUUUAUAAGUGGGAAAUCAAGAUCCAACCAAGAUUCUGACUGUUGAGCACAUGAACAGCCCUCCACCAACCAAACGAAAGGGGAACUGAGUUGAGGACAGACUGCAGAGAGAAGGGAGGACCAAAACAGAAAAAAACCUUACUGACAUGUCAACAACAGCCACUAUGGGAGAAAUGGCAAACAGCGCAGUGGAGUUUUAUCCCAAAGGGACACGAGGCGGAGGAGGAAGGGCAGAUGGCAGCCAUGCAGGGGGAGACUUUGGGGUCACAGUGACAGAGCUCAGGGAGUUGAUGGAGCUCCGAGGGAAUGAUGCCCUACAGAAGAUCCAGGACAGCUAUGGAGACACAGAAGGGCUCUGCCAGAGACUACAGUCCAGCACCACUGAUGGUCUCAGUGGGGACCCGGCAGACCUGGAGCGUCGGUGCCAAACAUACGGCCAAAACUUCAUCCCCCCGAAGAAGCCCAAGACUUUCCUGGAACUUGUGUGGGAGGCCUUACAGGAUGUUACACUCAUCAUCUUGGAGGCUGCCGCCAUCAUCUCCUUGGGACUCUCUUUCUACCAGCCUCCCGGAAAGGAAACCGAAUCGUGUGGUAAUGUGGUGGGGUCUGCAGAGGAUGAAGGGGAGGGUGACACCGGCUGGAUUGAGGGAGCUGCCAUCCUCCUGUCUGUGGUGUGUGUCGUCCUGGUGACGGCAUUUAAUGACUGGUCCAAAGAGAAGCAGUUUCGGGGUCUACAGAGUCGGAUUGAACAAGAACAGAAGUUCACUGUCGUGCGUAAAGGGAAUGUCAUCCAGAUCCCUGUGGCUGACAUGGUGGUGGGGGACAUCGCCCAGGUCAAAUACGGGGACCUGCUGCCAGCUGAUGGUAUCUUGAUCCAAGGCAACGAUCUGAAGAUAGAUGAGAGCUCUCUUACAGGAGAGUCUGACCAUGUACGCAAAUCUGUGGAUAAGGACCCUAUGCUGCUCUCAGGUACCCAUGUGAUGGAGGGCUCAGGCAGAAUGCUGGUGACAGCUGUGGGUGUCAACUCGCAGACUGGCAUCAUCUUCACCCUGCUGGGUGCUGGAGAGGUGGAGGAAGAUGGGAAGGAGAAGAAAGGAAAACAACCUGAUGGAGCUGUGGAGAACAAUCAGAACAAAGCCAAGAAGCAGGACGGGGGUGUUGCCAUGGAGAUGCAGCCCCUGAAAAGUGCAGAAGGAGGGGAGGUAGAGGACAGAGAGAAGAAGAAGACCAACGUUCCGAAGAAAGAGAAGAGUGUGCUGCAGGGCAAGCUCACCAAACUUGCUGUUCAAAUUGGCAAAGCAGGUUUGGUGAUGUCGGCCAUCACUGUCAUCAUUCUGGUGCUGUACUUCGUCAUCAACACGUUUGUCGUUGAAGGUCACACGUGGUUGACAGAGUGUACUCCAGUCUACAUUCAGUACUUUGUCAAGUUCUUCAUCAUUGGAGUCACUGUGCUGGUGGUGGCUGUCCCAGAAGGCUUACCCCUUGCUGUCACCAUCUCUCUGGCUUACUCUGUCAAGAAAAUGAUGAAGGACAACAACCUUGUACGCCACCUGGAUGCGUGCGAGACCAUGGGCAAUGCCACGGCCAUCUGCUCAGACAAGACCGGCACCCUCACAACCAACCGCAUGACUGUGGUGCAGACUUACCUCGGUGACGUGCACCAUCGUGUGAUCCCGGACCCUGGACAGGUCAACCCCCGGACACUGGAUCUGUUAGUCAAUGCCAUUGCUAUCAACAGUGCCUACACCUCCAAGAUCUUACCGCCUGAUGUGGAGGGGGGUCUGGCUAAGCAGGUGGGCAACAAGACAGAGUGUGGCCUGCUGGGAUUUGUAUUAGACCUGCAGCAGGACUACGCCCCUGUCAGAGAGCAGAUCCCUGAGGAACGACUGUACAAGGUGUAUACGUUCAACUCAGUGCGUAAAUCCAUGAGUACGGUGAUCAAGCUGCCUGACGGUUCCUUCCGCCUCUACAGCAAAGGUGCCUCUGAGAUCAUGCUGAAGAAGUGUUCCUAUAUCCUAGAUGCCAAUGGAGAAUCGCGCACUUUCCGCCCACGUGACAGAGAUGAGAUGGUCAAACAGGUGAUUGAGCCAAUGGCAUGUGAGGGAUUGAGGACCAUCUGCAUUGCAUACCGCGACCUGCCGUCAAACCCAGAGCCAGAUUGGGAAAAUGAAGCAGAAAUAGUGACAGAGUUGACCUGCAUCACUGUGGUUGGGAUAGAGGACCCUGUGCGGCCUGAGGUGCCUGAUGCCAUCCGUAAGUGCCAGCGUGCAGGCAUCACAGUACGGAUGGUGACUGGUGAUAACAUUAACACAGCAAGGGCCAUCGCUGCCAAAUGUGGCAUCAUUCACCCUGGUGAUGACUUUAUCUGUCUAGAGGGCAAAGACUUCAACCGACGAAUCAGGAAUGAGAAAGGAGAGAUUGAACAGGAAAGAAUCGACAAAAUCUGGCCCAAACUUCGUGUGUUGGCUCGAUCCUCACCAACCGACAAACACACACUGGUCAAAGGCAUCAUCGACAGCAGCAUCGUAGAACAGAGACAGGUUGUCGCAGUAACAGGAGAUGGAACCAAUGACGGACCAGCUUUAAAGAAGGCUGAUGUGGGCUUUGCCAUGGGUAUUGCGGGGACAGACGUGGCUAAAGAGGCGUCUGACAUCAUCCUGACUGAUGACAACUUCAGCAGCAUUGUCAAGGCGGUGAUGUGGGGACGAAAUGUCUACGAUAGCAUCUCCAAGUUCCUGCAGUUCCAGCUCACGGUCAAUGUAGUGGCUGUCAUAGUGGCCUUCACCGGGGCCUGCAUCACUCAGGACUCUCCUCUGAAGGCAGUGCAGAUGCUGUGGGUGAAUCUCAUCAUGGACACGUUUGCUUCUCUGGCCCUGGCCACUGAGCCCCCCACUGAGGCCCUGUUACUACGGAAACCUUAUGGUCGGAACAACCCGCUCAUCUCACUGACCAUGAUGAAGAACAUCCUGGGCCAUGGAGUGUACCAGCUGGUCAUCAUCUUCACCUUACUGUUCAUAGGCGAGCGCAUGUUUAACAUUGACAGUGGCCGCAACGCUCCGCUCCACUCCCCACCCUCUGAGCAUUACACCAUCAUCUUUAACACCUUCGUCCUCAUGCAACUUUUCAACGAGAUCAACGCUCGCAAAAUCCACGGAGAGAGAAACGUCUUUGACGGCAUAUUUGCCAACCCCAUCUUCUGCACUAUCGUUGUGGGGACCUUCGCCGUGCAGAUCGUGAUUGUGCAGUGGGGAGGGAAGCCCUUCAGCUGUGCCCCUCUCAACGUGGAGCAGUGGCUCUGGUGUCUGUUCGUGGGAGUUGGAGAGCUCCUCUGGGGACAGGUGAUAGCCACAGUGCCAACAGAGCGGCUGCCAUGCCUGAAGGAGGCAGGGCUGGGCCUGGAGCCUGGGGAAGAGGAGGGGGAGGAGCUGGCAGAGGAUGAGGAGGAGAUUGACUGUGCUGAGAGAGAGCUGCGCCGUGGACAGAUCCUCUGGUUCAGAGGCCUGAACCGCAUCCAGACUCAGAUGGAGGUAGUGAGCACGUUCAAGCGAAGUGGUUCGUUUCAGGGAGCGGUGAGACGGCGCUCCUCUGUGCUCAGUCAGCUCCACGACAUGCGAGUGGUGAAAGCAUUCCGUAGUUCGCUGUACGAGGGCCGGGAGAAACCGGAAUCCCGCAACUCCAUCCAUAACUUCAUGGCCCACCCGGAGUUCCUCAUCAAUGACCUCAUCCACAACAUCCCGCUGAUCGACGACACUGACGUGGACGACGAAUCAGAGCUCAGCAGAUACCAGCACCUGCACCCGGCCCUUCGCAAGCCGCCACCCCCUCCCACCCAGCCCCAACCCCCAGCCCGCGUCCGCCCCACCCGCCCCUACCGCCAGUACAGCCUCCCGGUGACCCCGUGCAACCGAAACAACAACAACAACAGCAGCAGCAGCAGCAGCAUCAGUUCAACAGUCACCCACGGCAACAAAAACAGCACCAACGCAGUAACCCCCAGCAACCGGAGCCCCCACCACCACCACUACCAACACCACCAUAUCCAUCAUGGCAGGGACAGGCCGGAGAAACCCUCCGCCCCUCACCUGGCUCAUCUCUAUUGCGUGGAGACCUCCUUAUAACUGAGCUGAACAUGGGUCGGGGGGAGAGGUUAAGGGGAGGGGGAGGAGAGGGGAGCCGAAGAGAGGGCUGAGGACUCACACAUGACAUUUUCAUCCAAUCUUCCUUACAACAAGCCAACAGGAGGGAGCGAAGGACAGGGGGAGGUACCAGAGGGAGUGGACAAUGGCUGGAGACUUCUGCUCGCAACUCCCUGAGAACAUUGCGACUUUCCCUCCUUUUGCCCUUGCUCCAGCCCUCUCAGUCUGACCCGCUGACAACACCACCCCCGACCCCCUCCACCCUCGAACCCACCGCCCUAUCUGUCGCCCUCCCUUGAAGAACCUGCCCACCCCACCCUGCCUGACUGCACGCACACUUGUCACACACUCGCACAGGUCUGCUCUCGCUGCGUUUUUCUGAGUGACAGUGGGUUGGGGAGAGAUGGGGACGGACAUCCAGUUAAAAAAAAACAAAAAACGACACAUCCUUCAACACUUCAGCAGACAGGACCAUGUCAGGGCCAGAGGCGGAUUCUCUCUGUUUCUAUUGGUGUUCAUCAUUAGUGUUGUUGUCAUCACCCACCUACCUACCUGCCAUGGCACCAUAGUCAUCACCGCCAUCAUUUAUCAGGCUAGAAUCUACAGCCACUUUGAUAUCACUAAUUUGCUUGCAAUAUAAGUAAAACGCUUUGUUAAAGCUUUAACUAGACUUCAGUCAGUUCCACCCUCUGAUUCUUUUAUUUCUCAACAUAAUGGUGCUCAUUCAUUUCUUUCUUUUACAUUGGUUUCUUUCUUUCUUAUCUCUUUCUCUGAAAUUUUUACAUUCAGCUUUUUUUUAUAUAUAUAUUUUCUUUUCUUUCCUUCCUCUCUCUUUCAGUGUGUGUAUGUGUAUUGUCUUGUCUCUUCUGAAAAAAAAACAACAAAAACAUAACAAAAAUAGAAAUUGCAAGCAAAGAUACUGUUCAUUUAAACCUAAUAGUAAAUAGUAUGGCUGCAAAAAACACCUUAAGGAUGG